AGUCUGUGAAGUCCUUAAUCUUUGAACUGCGGCUCUGCUCAACUUCGCAAGCAAGCUGGUGGUCAAGCCUGAGGCAAUUUUAAAGAGGAUAAUAAGUAUCCAUAUAUGUCGUGCAGUGCCUAAUGUUCCGCAUGUUUGCCGCAUACAAGAAUAAUCGCUUUCGAAAUCCGAUGGGACUUUCUCCACGCGGAAAUGGUUAAACACUCGUUUGACUAAGACCUUAUCACAUGUGAUUAUUUAAAGCGAUCACGCUUUUGUGAAAGAAGUCGACCAAACUUAGAGUUUCAUGGAUAUGGAACAACUAAAAAGAAAUCACAUACUUGGUAACAGUACCGAGCAGGAGCCGUUAAUGGAAAGUUCCAGUGAAGCGAAACGAAGAAUUCCAGUGUGUGUGUAUAUUUUCACUUUCUUCGCUGCCAUUGGAAGCUUUGAGAUAGGAUACAACUUCUCGGUCGUUUCUGGAGCAAUGAUCCUCGUAAAACAAGAGUUUCAUUUGUCGACAUUUUGGCAAGAGCUCAUCGUGAGCGUAGCAAUUGGUACAGCCAUAGUGGGAGCACUUCUGGGAGGUUUUGUGAAUCAACGAUGUGGGCGAAAACCCAUGCUUUUAGCUUGUGCGAUGGUGCUAACGGUAGGAGCCGUGGUGGAGGCAAUUGCUACAUCGAGAAAUGUUCUACUCAUUGGUCGGCUCAUUGUGGGUUUCGGAAUAGGAGGGGUGUCUAUUACUGUUCCAGUUUAUAUUGCUGAAAUUGCGCCAUGGAGUAUAAGGGGUCGUUUAGUCUCCGUCCACUAUCUAUUUCUGACGGGAGCGGAAUUAACGGCUGCUAUUAUUGACGGUAUAUUUAGCCCUUACAAGAAGACAGGAUGGAGAUUCAUGUUUGGUUUAGCUGCACUUCCGUCGGCCAUCAUGUUCGUGGGUUGUCUGUGGCUUCCAGAAAGUCCCAGUUGGCUCUGGAAAAUACCGAUCGCUGAUCAAGUUUUGUUAUAA